GUCAACAGCACUAGCUGAGGCGGCGCAGCGGCCGCCAAGGAACAGGACGGCAUCCUCUGUCGGUGCGUCCGGCUCUGGGGUCGGAGGGGCUGCGCUUCCUGCACGUCACCGUGGGCUCCCUGCUGGCCGCCUAUGGCUGGCACCUGGUCUUGGGCUGCAUCCUCCUGGUGGCCGUCUUUCCGAAGCUCUCCGCCCGCCUGAGGGCCUCCGGGCAGAGGCAGCCGGCCCCGGCGGCAGCUGCUAUGGCCCCCGAGGACGUUGUGAGACGGCAGGAGGCUCUUGCGGCCGCGCCCUGAAGAUGCAGGAAGAAUUCAAUGCCCAGGCAGAAAGGCACAAGGAGAAGCUACGACAGGGUGACCUGGACCCGCUGGCGUCGCUCAAGUCGCUGACCUCCCUGAGUAUUCUCAGGAACCCCGUGACCCACAAGAAGCACUACCGCCUGUGCGUCCUUUACAAGGUCCCCCAAGUGCGCGUGCUGGACUUCCAGAAGGUGAAGCUCAGACCUCACCAUCUCCGCCGACUGCCCCAUGAAGCUCCACAACUCCCCCAUGGACGAGCACACGUGCCCCCUGAGCUUCGGCAGCUGGGUGACCACGGUGCUGACCAUGACCACCAUGGGCAUCAAUGCCCGGAGCAUGCUGCCCGAGGUGUCCUACGCCACCGCCUUGGAGUGGUUCAUGGCCGUGUCUUACCUCUUCGUGUUCGCCGCGCUCCUCGAGUUUGCCGCCGUCAACCGUUUCACCAAGAGGAGCUGGGCCUGGGAUGGCAAGGGCAGCGCGGGCCGGAUGAAGCACAAGAAGCAGCAGCGCCUCUUAGGCGGGAGAAGGCUGUUCACCACCUCGAGGAGGAGGAGCCACUCGCCCGGCACCCCAGGGGAGCACAUCCCGAUGGAGAUGAAAUUCCUGCACAUUAAAAGGGGCUUAAUUAGAGGAAAUAACUUAAUAUUGCUGUUUGCCCUUUCUGUGUAGUAGAAGUGUCGGAGAUGAAAGGAAAUUAGUAAAAUGUAUAUGAAAACUUCCUGCUGCCGAAACGGGUUUGGCUCAGUGGAUGGAGCGUCGGCCUGCAGACCGAAGGGUCCCGGGUUCGAUUCCGGUCAAGGGCAUGUACCUUGGUUGCGGGCACAUACCCUGUGGGGGGUGUGCAGGAGGCGGCUGAUCGAUGUUGCUCUCCCAUCGAUGUUUCUGGCUCUCUAUCCGUCUCCCUUCCUCCCUGUAAAAAAUCAAUAAAAUAUAUUUUUAAAAAAACACA